AUGGAAAAGGCAGGCAGGAUUAUCAGAAAAUCAGUCCACACAUUCCUUCUAAACUACCAAUACUUCACCUCAAUUGCAGCAGUCAUUGCCUUACCCUUCUCAGCCUCAGUUCUCAUCUCACAAGCACUUCUUCCGUCUAGCUUCGCCCUCUUGCUCGCCGUCUACAACCGCCUGCACAGCCUUUUUGACGCGGCCGGCUUCCCUCCCUCCUUGGAAUUCUUCACCAUUCUCAACAACAAGCUCUCCCAAACCAUCACCUCCUCAAUCUUCACAUUCCCAUUCUCCCUCACCUUCCUCCUCAUAACCAAAGCUUUUGUAAUCCAAUCUCUCAGCCACCACCAAAAACCGAAUACCUCGUCACACCCAUCGUUUCUUUCCACAAUUUCUCUCUACACCCCACUCCUCCACACUCAUGUCUACAACUCGUUUUUGAUCCUCUCUGCCAAUGCAACAGUGUUUUCUCUCUUGUUCAUCGCCUUCAAUGUCCUCGAGGGACUCGGUUUCUCUUCUCCGAACACCCUCCUCUUCUUAUCGGUAUCUGGGGCAGUUCUGUACUCCAUUGUUCUUGCCAAUGCGCUCAUAAUAUGCAAUCUUGCAUUGGUUCUAUCAGGUGCACAAAAGAGUGGCGGUUACUUGGCAAUUCUCAAGGCCUGUCUUUUGAUCAGAGGAAGAACUUCAACGGCUCUCUGUCUUGCUCUGCCUGUCAGCUUAACCCUAGCUGCAGUUGAAGCAUUGUUCCAAUACCGCAUCGUACGAGCUUAUCAUUUCGCAGGAAAGCUCGGAUCUUCCAUGGCUAUGGAGGGUGUUUUCCUUGCUUAUUUGUACUCAAUUCUUGUUGUUCUUGAUAUUACUGUGAGCUUUAUGUUCUUACAAAGCUGCAAGCCGAGUUCUCGACGGAUCGAACACAGAGACGACGAAGAAAGUCGUGGAGAUUUGAAGGCUGUCAAAAGUGCUUCCAUGAAAGUGCUUCCAUGA